AUGACGUUCCCAAACCAUAACUCAAUCGCCACCGGGCUCUACCCGGCUUACCACGGUAUAAUCAUGAACAAAUUCACUGAUCCGAUAACCGGGGAAUUCUUCAACAGAAACCUAGACCCAAAAUGGUGGUUAGGUGAGCCGUUGUGGGUAACCGCAGUGAACCAAGGGCGCAAAGCUGCGACAUAUUUUUGGCCAGGCGCUGACGUCCACAAAGGCUCUUGGACGUGCCCAAAAGGAUUCUGUAAAGCUCCUUACAAUGUCUCGGUUCCUCUAGAAGAAAGAGUCGAUACGAUCUUAAGCUAUUUCGAUCUUCCCGAGAGUGAAGUCCCAGAUUUCAUGGCCCUAUAUCUCGAUCAACCAGACAUACAGGGCCAUGAAUACGGCCCAGAUGACCAUCGGGUCACAAAGGCCGUCUCCAAAGUCGAUAAAAUGAUCGGUAGGGUCAUUCAGGGAUUGAAGAAGAGGAAGGUGUUUAGUGAUGUUCAUGUGGUAUUGCUUGGUGAUCACGGAAUGGUUACUAACUGUGACAAGAAAGUGAUUUACAUUGAUGAUUUAGCAGAUUGGAUCAAGAUACCCGCGGACUGGAUCCAGGCUUAUAGCCCCGUGCUAGCAAUGAAUCCGCGCUGGGGAAAAGAUGUUAAGAAUAUAGGCAAGAAGAACUCAGAACUCGUAGCCAAGAUGAACGAAGCAUUAAGCUCAGGGAUAGUAGAGAACGGAGAGUUUUUGCAGGUUUACUUGAAGGCGAAGCUACCAGAAAGGCUGCAUUAUUCUGAGAGUUCCCGGAUUCCGCCGAUCAUAGGAAUGGUCGGAGAAGGUAUCUUAGUUAGACAGAACAGGACAAACACUCAAGAGUGUUACGGAGAUCAUGGAUACGACAACAUGUUCUUCUCCAUGAGAUCCAUCUUUAUUGGACAUGGUCCUAGGUUUAGGAGAGGAAAGAAAGUGCCGUCGUUCGAGAAUGUUCAGAUCUACAAUGUCAUUGCAGAGAUUCUCGGACUCCGACCAGCUCCGAACAAUGGUUCUGCUUUGUUUACUCGUAGUCUUCUCUUGCCCUUUGGAGAAACGGCACAAGUAGAGUGA